AUGCUUCCUAAGGAGCAAAGGAGAAGCAGUUCGCAUGACAAGCUGCAGCUACUCCGCUCGGUUACCGACUCUCAUGCAGUAAUUUGAUCAUAAACCGAGCCUUUUUCAUCUCUCUCUCUCUCUCUCUCUCUCUCUCUCUCUCUCCCCCUCUUGAGCUUCUUUCCACCCUGUUUCCUGUUAUGCAACCAUCUGUGUAUACAGAUUUUACCGCGUUCCUCUGCUAUCCUGCUUUUCUUUUUAAAAAAAUGGCCAUAUAUUUCCACACCCCAUCUCCAGAUACUUCACCAUAUCCAGGAAUUCCACUCACACUCUCUAGAGACUGAUUCACUUUGUCUGACAGCGAUUUCAAUCUUUUCCCCCAUUUUUGACCAAAUUUAUCGCGAACUUGUCCACGAUAACUUUUCCAAAUCUUCUUAAGACAAAGACAUGAAUGCCAGAAGAUUUUUGACUGAUCGCUCAUAAGACCAUAUCAGCAAACAGGGGCCAAGGGCUGAUUUCUUGCUCUCGUUUUGGUUCAAACUUUCAUGUGUUUAUUUUUUCCUCCAGUAUAGUCUCACGCAUUAUUUAUUUAUGUUCAUGUUUUCCAGCAAAGUAGCACUUCAAUUUUACUGGACGCAUCCAAGUAUAUCGAAGAACUAAAGCAUAAGAUUAAAGACCUCGUCGAAGAUAAUAAUUCAUGUCUUAGGAGCAUCACCGGUGAUAGAAUGAAUCAAAUGGGGGUAAUGUAUUCUUCAGCCAUAUACUAAGUCUCCCCCCUUCCUUCCAGGAAGACAGUAAACUGAGGUCCUUCUUCAACAGAUGCCUCAUCAGGUAACGGUUCAAGGUCAAGAGAAGGGCUUCUUAGUGAGAGUGUUCUCGGAGAAGAGCUACCCUGAUCUACUCGUCUCCAUUCUGAGGGUGUUUGAAGAUCUGGGUAUCGAUGUUCUUGAUGCAAGGGUUUCUUGCAUCAAACCCUUCCGCCUCGAAGCUGUCGGAAGAGAAGUAAGUACCAUCAUCUUCUUAUAUUGGGAGUGAGAACUUUAAAUUACGGGAUUACCCAUUUUUUUUGAGCUGGAUUGUCCGAUUUUCUUUCAUCAUAUCAGAGGAUCGUCCCUCUCAUGCAGAUGAGGGGGGGGGGGGGGGGGGGCUAAAAUGGCCCAUAUUUUCAAGGAAAAACUUAACUAUUGUGGUUAAAUAUAAUUUUUAUUUCACUCAAAGUCAAUUAGAUUUUUUUUACUUGAAUGCCCUAAUAUUUCAUAGUAAGAAAUCAAUGAGUUCUCAAUGAAUGCCCUAUCCUCGCACUUAGAUAUGAAAUUAAUCUAAUAUUUUAUAGGCAUACUAGUCGGCAUUUAAAUCUUCAUAUGACCUUGAUUAUGUGUUGUCUGAAAUCCUUUCAUCUUCUUAGAAUUUGUUUUUACUUUACCCAAGAACGUUGGUGCACGUGAUAAACCAGGUUGCUGGGGUUAAUUAUACUACCAUAUUUCAAUAACUGUCCAAUGGUUUGUUUGUUGAAAGGCCCGGUCAUCUCUUUUGCACCAAUGAGUGGGUUUGGUUUUGUUUCUAUCUUAACACAACUAUCAAAUUAAUCCAAUAGUUCACAAGGAUAUUGAUGACUAUCUAAAUCUUCAUAAAGGCUUGUUGAUAUGCCUAAAAAUCAUUUUUUUAUAAUUUAUCUUCCGCUAAGGACUUGGGUGAAGAUGCCAAAUCCCUUUUCAAGAUGACUAAAACAAGCGUAGAGCAACAAGCGUGUGUGAAUAUUCAAGAUGAUGGGGAUGGCGUGGGAUAUCUCCCUUCAUCCUGCUACCUCGAACACUAUCGAACAAACAAGUAUUCUCUAUGUGCUUCAAAUGUGUGACAAAAGACCUUAGUUUUACCUGAAAAUAAGAACCGAGGGAUCCAAAAACAACCAUGGGCUGUGUGUUGUCUUCCGAAACCUCCAAAUCAUAUGAUGAAUGAGCGAGGGCCGAGACAAACCAUAGAGCGGCCGGCUUUUUCUCGCGUACAUGUCCAUCCUUUAAUGGGUUUCGCUUUCCACUUCUUUCUCUGCAGAUAGAAGGCCGGGCAGAAGGGAUAGACUCGGAGGUGGUGAGGGAGGCGAUGCUCCAGGCUCUUAAGAACUGCAGAGAGGGUGACUAA